AUGCAGGUAAGAUAUGAAAAGCAAGUCGGAAUGGCCACCCCAUCCAUCGUGACGAUGCAGCCGCAGUAUGUCAUGGCUGCGCCUGCCGCCUCGAGGAACAUGUGGCAGACAGGGCUGAUGGACUGCUGCACCGACUGCAGCGUCUGCUGCUGUGGGAUGUUCUGCUUUCCCUGCCUCGCCUGCCAAGUGGCUGGGGACAUGAAUGAGUGCUGCCUGUGCGGGACCAGCGUGGCCAUGAGGACCCUCUACCGCACCAGAUACAACAUCCCGGGGUCCAUUUGCUCUGACUUCUGUGUCACCAUGUGGUGCCCCGUGUGCUCCGUUUGCCAAAUUAAGAGAGACAUCAACCGGAGGAGGGAGAUGGGCACAUUCUGGUAA